UCUCUGUGUCUCUCUCUGUGUCUCCGUGUGUGUGUCUGUGUUUUCUCUGGGACACACGCUCACUAUGGGGUUGAUCCUACAAAUAGGAAAGCAGCAGGCACAUCCAGGCUGCUGGGAAGGACACCCUGCCUCUUGUGCCAUCCCAGGCCAGGCUCCAACAGCCAGGUGGAGCAACUCCAGGGGCACAGCUGCUGCAGAGCCUCUGCCAGGAGGCCGGGGCCGCUGACAACACCUCAGGGAAAGUCUCUUUGCUUCCUCCACAGCCAUGGCUUCACAAAAGGACACACAAGAGGAAGAUGCAAAGGCCCAGCUCCUGGCACAGGCAUUUCAGAAGGAAGGACUGGAUGCUGGAUUCUGGCUGCCCAAAGUGUCUCAGAUUCUGGGAAUUGAGUGCAAAGAAGCCCUGCAACAUCUGGAAUAUGAAGACUACCUCAAGCUGGAGUGUGAGGUACGGCACCCCUGGGAGAAAAAGGCGCUCCGGAAACUCCUGAAUAUAACAGAUGACAAAACAGCCUCUAAAGAGCUGCAGAAGGAGCAUGUGGAGAAGACAAAGCAAAGGCAAGAAGUGGCCAAACAAGCCCUGAAAGAUCUGACAGAAAUGCUCAACAGCCACAGCCACAGUGAGGAUGUGCUGAGGGAGCAAGCAGAGACUCUGUGGCGAGCCAUGGAGAUUCCCAAAGAGUUCUGGCCAUCACCUAAGGAACCCUUGGCAGAUAUGCUGCAGAGCAUCCAUAAGCAGCUGGAGCAGCAGCAGGAGAUGUCAGCAGGCAGGAGGGAGAAGAUCCCUGACACUGAGGUGCUGAGGCGGGCGUCGGGGGGACUGGCCCUGCAGGGCAUCUACAGAACCAGCAGAGCUGGAGAUGUGCUGGCAACACGAGAGCAGCUCCUCAGGGUUCCUGAGGGAUUCCAGCUCUCUGGUCCAGAGCAAGGAUCAGUGCUUGAGAGGAGGGAGUUCUCAUCCUCUGCAGCAGAAUCCACUUUCACCAAGUCCAUGGAGCAGCUGGGGUACAGCAUGAGUGUUUCUGCCAAAUUUGCAUUCUUGGGGAUUAAUCUGGGGGUGGGUGUAGAUCACAGUAGCUCCUCACAGUCACAGGACACCCACCAGUCCCACUCUGAGCAGAGCUACUUCUGCACCACCAAGUUCCAGUACAUCCCCCUGGCCUCCUGCUACUUCCAAAGGCAUCAGCUUCGCCUCUCGGAUGCGGCUCUGCGGGAGCUGCAAGACAUGGAGCAGAUUUUGGGGGUCACUGGGAAAGAAGAUAACUCCACCAUUGUGAAGAUGUGUGAGAGGUUUUUCAGCAGGUUUGGAUCCCACAUAAACCAGGGUCCCCUCCACUUUGGGGGAAUAUUCUGGUGGAAGGCGUCCACAGAAGGAUUCAGAGCCGAGCAGUGGGAAGAGGUGAAGCGACAAACAACUGAAGCACUGAACAGCUUUGUCAGGAAGAGCUAUGGUGACCUCCUGGGAAGUGCUGCAGGGGACCUGGAUGUUUCCAUAUCCAUCUCACAGGCUUCUGUCCGGGGAAGAGCCAGAGAGAGUUCCCAUUCAGCCAUUCAGCUCUACAUGGCCAACACAGGGGGUCCAGCAGACACAACUUCUCUUCCUCAGUGGAAAACGGGGCUCGUGUCUGAUAACACAACGUGGUGCGUUAUCGACCGUGGCUUUGAGCUGAUCCCAGUGUGGGACGUCAUCCUGUGCAAUCACCGCGGGGAUUUUGAGUCUGUUGGUCAGAUGAGCAGAGCCCUCAGGGAUGUGUACAAAGUGCUGACGAAUGAGAGCAUUGGCACCAUUUUUGGAGAGGAACUGGGCAGUGCAGUGCAAGAGGCCAGAGAUUUCAUGGAGAUUGUGAAGGCCUGGGAGGUGACAGUGGAUGAAAGGAAGCUGCUCAGGCUGAUAAAGCUGAAAGAUGAUCUGAAUGCAAAAACCAGGAACCACAGUGUGUGGAUUAACGUGUGCCUGUCCCACAAAGCCCUGCAGGACUUCCUGGUGAACACUGUGCGGAGCUGCCAGAAGUCACCUCCAGAAAACACCACCUUUAUCAAGGUAAUGCUGAGAAGCCUCCUGGAUCCUCAUAUCUACUCUGUCAAGGACUUCCCUGAGGCUUCUUUCAUUAUGCAAUGGAUCUUCCAGACUGGGCAGCUGCUUCCCAGACCUCCCAAUAUCUCUGAGCUUCAAGGCCUCACUAAAACACUGCGGGAAAUGACUGAUGACUUCCUGAGACAGACCCCUGCAACCAAGCUGGCGUUCUGCCAACUGGCGCUGCCUCUGCUGCUGCCCAACCCGGGCACUUCACAAAUCGAGUUCCCGCUCUACGCCCUCAGUCAAAUCCAACAGAGCUGGAAAGUGGCAGAGAAGUCAGGAAAGCAGGCCCAAACAAAGAGUUAUAAAAACAAACUCAUCUUCCAGGCACAGACUCCCAUCGUGUCCUUCAUCCGCAUUGGCAGUUCGGCCUCCUCUUCAAAGUCUCAGCUCCUGAACGCUCUGCUGAGCAAACGCAAACACGACACUUUCUUCCACCGCCACUGCAGAGGCAGCACCAGAGAGCGCUUGCUGAUGGAAGGGGUGGUGGAGAUCGCCUGGUAUUGCCCCUGUGGAAGCCUUGAUGACACCUUUGAGAGCUCUGUGGCUUUCUGUAACCUGCAUGGAGACGCCAGGGAUCACGGAGCACAGCUGCAGUUCCUGCAGGACAUCUCUGCUGUCACCGUGGCUCUUGUGUCUGAUUUGGAGCAGAUGGACACCAGGGGGAAAAAGCUUCUGCAGGAGCUGUGGCAGUCACAAAGGCCUUUGGUUUGUCUUCUCAUGGAAAAAGAGAAUGUUGCAGCUGGAAAAACCAGCAAAAAAAUAAAAAUAGGGAUCAAGAACAGAAAUGAAGCAGAACUGAUGGACCAGCUGACCAAAAUUAUCAGGGAUCUCCUGGAAGGGUCAAAGCCGUGUUUCAGCCUGGAUGCCUGCGCAGACAAAGCUCGCCAGCAUGGAUUCGUGGUGGAUGCAGAUCAACCUGCGUGUGUGGCAGUCAAAGUAAAGGCAAAGGACCCAGUGAAACUUCUGAAGAAAGAGAAGCUGUCUGAUAUCAAACCCCAGCUGAAAGAACUAAAAGAGAGCCUUCUUAAUGAAACAAAUAAGAAAUGUGAGGAUCUUACUGAGCUACAGCAGGAGCAGAGGAAACUGGAUGCAAGGAAGCGGGAAUAUGAAGAUGAGCUCCUGAGAAGGAGUAGGGAGCUGGCUGUGACUCUGAAAGGGAAGAGCCUCAGUGAGACACAACUGAACAACUACUUCACUCUUGUCUGGAACUGUUGGAUUGCUGAAAUCUUCUGGACUGCUGGUCCUCCAGAAGGGGUGGAUAUCGAUGCAGAAAUCGAUGGCAUCCUUUUAGAGUACUUUGAGGAGCCAGGUUUCCAUGCAAGGAUCAGGUCAUCUAUGAAAGAGAGAGGAUUUUCAUUUGACAUGGAGAAACACGUCAUAAAGAAAAAGGUACGAGGCUUUUACCCAGAUCCCAAGAGCAUUUCCAAUUCUGAUAUGAUCAACUUAAAGCAGAUCACGGACAACAUCAUAGCACGUGUGAGGGCAAACAUUGAUAAGAAGGAACAAGCGAAACAAGAUUACAGUCAAAAUUUUAUUCAUGAAAUACUCAAUGAAGUACAGAAAGGUGUAAACUCUGCCCCCAGCAAUGCAAAAUGUACUUUUAACAGAGAGUACAGCAUAGAUUUGUCUCUGUAUCUGUGCAAAAUGGCAGCAGAAAGGUUUAAAGCCAUGCACGAAGCAUUCCAAAAGGCAAAUGACCCAGUCAUGUACCUGAACAGCAAGAGAGAAGAUUUCUUCCAAUGUUUCCAGAUUUCCUGCCAAGGAGCCACUUCAAUCACAACUUUUGUUGUUUUCCUUUGUGGCAAGAUUGAACCAGCUCUUCGCAAGGCAGUCUUUGAGAGGACGGCUAGAGGCAUUGCUGAGGACAUUAAGAGCAAAUUCCCAGACUUCAGGAGCAACAGAGCCAAUCUGGAAGUUUGUAUCCUGAGAUAUCUGGCCAAACAAGAAAAUUUUGAGUAUUUCAAGCAGUACCUCACAUCUCCAAAAGAGUUUUUUCAGAGUUACAUUGAGACACGAGUUAAGAGUCAUUGUUUAGAUGGGAGUAAGAGGCUGAGGAUGUUUUUAGAUCCCUCCCUUGAAUCUCUCUAUGGAAACAUCCUGUCAGCUGUUUGUCUAUCAACCCAAAUUGUCAAAGACAGAAAAGACAGAGAAGACAAAAUCUCCCUUUGGCUGGAUGAAUUUUGCAGGCAACUGGCAGAGGUGAUCAACUUGCCCAGAAGUGAGCUGAAGGGCAUUGAGCACCAGGAGGUCACAGACAUUGAAUUUCUGAGCAGUGCCAUGGCAGAAGCUCUGUAUGACCUGAGGGACAGGCUCAUGAAAGAAUUGGGUGAUGCUGACAUGAGCUCAUUUUCAAGGCAGCCUCACAACAUCCUGGCAGAGCAUUUUUCAGGGUGCUGGGAGCAGUGUCCCUUCUGUGGGGCUGUCUGCACAAACACCAUCCAGAACCAUGAUGGAGACCAUCAGCCAGUCUUCCAUCGCCCACAAGCUUUGACGGGUUUCAGAUGUAGGACAUAUUUGUUUUCCUUAAUGUAUAAUCCACAAACACUGAUCAUUGAUACUUGUUCCAGCCUUAUAGUAAGUGAUGCCUUAUUCAAAGUUCAUGAUUUCCUAUUGACCCCUUACAGAACAUAUCGUGAUGCUGGACCUCCUUAUUCCACUUGGAACAUUCUUCCUGAUUCACCCACCCAGGCGUACUGGAAAUGGUUUGUGUCUCAUUUCAGGACACAGCUGGAAGAUUUGUACAAUGGGAAAUUUCAGGGCGAAGGAGAAAUCCCUGAGGCAUGGCAGAGAAUUACCAAGCAGGAAGCACUGUCUGAGCUGGACAGGCUUUAGGUCACAUCCAUGGGAAGGAAGAACCACAGCAGCUUUGCAGUUUAGGAGAACUUUUUACCAGGCUCUCCACAAAAUGCAGUUACAAUGACAACGUUCUCAAGCCCGGUGAAGACAAUGGUAUCCAAUUUUCCCCAGAUUUGGUGAAAUAAGGCACAUUACUGUAGCCAUCACUCUGCAUUUCCCUCGCUUCAUGAGAAACCCAGAAUCCUCCUGCCUUCUUGCCAUAAACAUUUCCCUCUGCUUUGUCCUACAGCCAAACCAAAACCCCUCCUUGGGGUGAUCAGCCUCGUGGCCAAGCCUGAGCCCAAGGGCAAGGGCAGGGGCAAAGGCAGCACUCAAAGCACCCCUUGCCUCAUCUGCGGUGACACAAGAAGGGGCUGUUGGAGUGUGAAAACACAGGGCUCUUUGAGCCCCUCAGAGAGAGAACAGUAUGUAGAAAUUGAAUUAAAGUUUUUAGCGAAAUUAAAACAUAUUAAGCCACACAGACAUUAAAUAGAGGUGUAAGUUUUAGUUUUAAGUAAGUAGAUGUUUUAUUAAGAUGCAUAGCUAUGAAGUAGGAGUAUAAAUCUUGGUUUUAAGUAAGUAAAAAUAUGAUUUAGGUGCCUUUACGAGCAAAAGCCUUUCAAUGUGGUGCAAAAAACAAGCUUCUGUGUGAGCUCAAAAACAAAAACAAGUUUCAAAAA